GGGUUAACAAAUCAAUUAAAUUAUCAAACAAACAGAAUGAUUACUGAAUGAAAUAUUUUCAUGUCUCAAUAAAAAAAUAAACAAUUCAUUUUAGAGAAUAAGCUCAAAAUGGUCAGCAAAAAGUGUUGUCGUCGGUGUUACGUAGGAACAAUAGUAUAUAUAUUAGUUCUAUUACUUCUGAUAUUUAUAGUAUUAUUCGUCAUAAUCCCUUUAGCCUUCAAAUUCAGUACUGAAAUACAAAGAAAUCUAGUUUUUCCCACUUGGUAUGUACAACCAAAGAAUUACUCAAAUAUCCAUAAAUAUCAGUUGAAAGGAGUAAGAAAUCUCUAUGUGAAAGUUAAUGAACAGAAGAAUAUUACCCUUGGAGUUUUACAAAUACUACCAUCUGAAUUAUUGUCAGAAUUCGUAAAGAAUGAUGAAUAUGACUAUGACAGCAUUUUGAAGAAUCCUAGAUACAAUGUAUUAUUGUAUUUUCAUGGAAACGGACAAGAUCGCUUAGAAGCCAUAGGAACUUUUAGGGUAUUAAGGAAAUUCUUUUAUGUAAUAUCAUUUGAUUACAGAGGUUAUGCAGACUCUUCUAUGGCAGAACUUACAGAAAAUGGAGUAGUUGAAGAUAGUGUAGCAUUAUUCAAGUAUCUGAGGAAUUUAACAAAAUCUCGAAUAUUUUUUUGGGGCCACUCAAUCGGUACUGGAGUAGCUCUACAUACAGCAGCUUCACUGAAAUCACAGAACUUGAUACCAACAGGGGUCAUGCUAGAAGCCCCUUUCACAUCAGUUACUGACGUUAUGAAAGAAAACCCUUUGGUGAAAAUGUACUCCUGGCUUCCUUGGUUUUCUUAUACUAUGAUAGAUCCAAUGGUUGAAAAUGGAUUUGACUUUAAUUCCCAAGAAUAUAUUUUAAAUGUGGAUUGCCCCGUAAUGAUCAUACAUGCUAAAGAUGAUGAAAUAAUCCCUUACCAAAUUGCUACAAAGUUAUACAAUAUUGCAAAAGCAAAUAGAAAUAGCACUUAUCAAGGUGAUGUUACUUAUCAUUUGUUAGAGGCCAUUGGAUAUGGUCAUGAAUGGAUCAGUGAAGAACCUGCUCUUCCAGACUACAUUAGUGAAUUUAUUGAGAAAGCAGUCCAGUUCGAGACAAACAUAACAAGUAAAAGACUCUUGAAUCAAACAAUAGUUUGAGCAGCUAAUUUUAUUUGUGAUAGUACCCUAUACAUAUAUACAUAUAAUAUAUAUUUUAUUUUUUUAUCCAGAAUUAUACAAGAAUUCAAACAAAA